CGCGUACGGAUAUUGACGACAGGCCAGCGCGCGAAAUUGACGUUAGGAGCUCGAGGUACGUAGAAAGCUGGAGCAGUUACUUCAAAAUCCGUCGUCCAGGUAAUAAUCGAUUCAAGUCGCGCAGACUCCGAGCCACCGUAGCCGGUAUAACCAGAGCUCCGUCUGCCACCAUGGGUUUGCUCGAGCGCUGCCAGGAGCUGUUCAGCACCUCCAGCCUGUACGAGGUGCUGGGGAUAAACAAAGAGGCGAGCGAGGCUGACAUCCGAAAGAGCUACUACAAAGUGUCGCUGAGAGUCCAUCCAGACAGGGCCCCGGAGGACCCGCAGGCCACGGAGAAGUUUCAGGUACUGGGGAAGCUGUACGCGGUGCUGAGCGACAAGGAGCAGAGGGCCGUGUAUGAUGAGCAGGGAGUGGUGGACGAGGAGUCGGACGUCCUGAGCCAGGACCGCUGCUGGGAGGAGUACUGGAGACUGCUCUUCCCUAAGAUCACGGUGCAGGACAUCCUUGAAUUCGAGAAGAAAUACAAGGGAUCGGAUGAAGAGCGGGAGGACGUGAUCCGCCUGUACGUGCAGCACGAGGGGGACUUGGACGCCAUCACGGCGUCGGCUCUCUGCAGCUCUCAGGAAGACGAGCCCAGGCUGUGCGCCAUCAUCCAGGCUGCUAUCAAGAGCGGAGACGUGGAAGCCUUCCCAGCUUUUACGAAGGAGAACGCCGCGAAGAAGCGGGCCCGGAGAAAGAGGGCUGACCGGGAGCGAGAGGAAGCAGAGGAGAUGAAGAAAGAGAUGGGGCUAGGCGAGGAGGAUGAGAGUCUGGUCAUGAUGCUGAAGCAAAAGCAGCAGUCCAGAGAGAGUAAUUUCAACAGUUUCCUGUCUGAUCUGGAAGCAAAGUACUCCAAGAAAAGCACCAAACCACAAAAAGGAAAAAAAGCCAAAAAGUAAAAGUUACAGAAACAUUUUUUAUGGUGGGUUUGUUUUUUCCCCAGUUGAAACAAAAGCUUAAAUGUUGUCAGGAUAAGUGAACGUAAAACUGUUUGAGUCACUUUAGCUCCUAAUGUACACAAGUGUAAAUCCAAUGUCAUGUAAUAUGUUGUAAAAGUUCUAUUAAUAAAUGCAUUUGUUUAAAUCA